UUUCCCGCAAAAAAAAAAAGAAAAACGAGUGUCUGAAAUGGAAAUGUAUGCUGAUGCGCGAGUCACACCGAGUCAGUAAAUGCACUAAGCAGGAAGAGAGAAGAGAGAAGACAAAACUCUUCAAAUUUUAUUUUUCCCGAGAUUCCCAAACGCUGUUUUUCUUUUUCUUUUUCUCUCCAUCUUUUCGGUCUUUUGCAAUCUAAUAUACCUUCUGUAUAAGACCACGAUCCCCUUCUAAUCUUCUGUCUCUGCUUCACUGGAAUAGUUUUCCGGCUUGCUCCUCUUCGUUCCAAGCGUAUUUUGUUUUCGACGAUGGUGGCCGAUCACAAGCCCAAGACUGAGAUUUCGUUGGCCGGGACCUUCGCGAGCAGCGCUUUUGCUGCUUGUUUUGCCGAGCUUUGUACCAUUCCUUUGGACACUGCUAAAGUUAGGCUGCAGCUUCAAAAGAAAGCUGCUAGUGGAGAUGGAGUGGCUUUACCUAAAUACAGGGGCAUGUUGGGUACUGUUGCUACCAUUGCUAGGGAAGAAGGUGCGACGGCACUCUGGAAAGGCAUUGUACCAGGAUUACAUCGUCAGUGCCUGUUUGGAGGUUUAAGAAUUGGAUUGUAUGAACCAGUCAAGACCUUCUAUGUUGGUAAUGAUUUUGUUGGAGAUGUACCUUUGUCCAAGAAAAUUCUUGCUGCGCUUACAACUGGUGCUCUAGCUAUUACGGUGGCUAAUCCAACUGAUCUUGUUAAAGUUAGACUUCAAGCUGAAGGGAAGUUGCCACCUGGUGUGCCAAGGCGUUAUUCUGGGGCAUUAAAUGCUUAUUCCACAAUAGUCAAACAAGAAGGAGUAGGGGCUCUUUGGACUGGGAUUGGGCCUAAUGUAGCACGAAAUGCUAUUAUAAAUGCUGCUGAACUAGCAAGCUAUGAUCAAGUGAAACAGACAAUUCUGAAAAUUCCAGGAUUCACAGAUAAUGUUUUUACUCACCUCCUAUCUGGUUUGGGGGCUGGAUUUUUUGCAGUGUGUAUUGGCUCUCCAGUUGAUGUGGUGAAAUCAAGAAUGAUGGGAGAUUCAACUUACAAAAGCACACUUGAUUGUUUCAUCAAGACUUUGAAAAAUGAUGGGCCUCUUGCUUUCUACAAAGGGUUCAUUCCAAAUUUUGGUCGGCUAGGAUCUUGGAACGUGAUCAUGUUUCUAACUCUAGAGCAGGCUAAGAAGUUCUUCAGGAAGGAAGUAUAGGACGAAAGUUUGAAGGAUUAAAGUGGUUGGUGGGCAAUUGUUUUGCUCAAGCUUGCUUUGGCAAUAAUUGGUUACUUAAAGAAUAAAGAGUGAAAUAAGGCUCUUUUUGCUAGUGUCUUUUUUUUCUUCAGUGAUAUAAGUGUCCUUCGAUGUUACAGUCGAGGAUUUCUUCAGAAACUCAAUUUGUUUGAGGAAUCUUCUCAUUGCCAUUACUUUGUUUUGGGAAUUUCUGAACAUUCUUCCUGCCAAGGUUUGACAAUUAUCAGGUUAUAAUUGAAAUAUGUACCAUCGUGCUUUGCCUUGGAGCUUCAAGAAA